CAGUCAGUCAAUCAGUAUCAUAGCGCUAGGAAAAUCUACUACGUGUAUGGUAGUAGCGGGAUCGUCUGAUAUUUUCGUUCAUUUUUGGUUAUUUUUAUCCGACUGUUGGUCGGUCGGUUAUUCGGUUUAUUGUUUGUUUCUUUGUUAGGGCAAGGUAGCAUAUUAUUUAUGUGGUUUUCCUAUGUUUCUGUUCUUUUGUUUACGGUUUUCAAAUAGAGUUCGUUGAUCGGGCAUGGUUUGGCCCUAAUGGCAUAAUCCGGUGACAUAUCGGGACAGCCUCCGAAAAUAGUUUGCAAAAAUAGGAUAAACCAAUAGUGCAGAUCUUUCGUUUGGCGUCAGCGGAACCCGGAAGCCAAAAAUAACGCACCGAUGGCCUUGUUGGUAUUCUUGAUUGCAGCUGCCCACUGUGUCUACACGCCGUUUACCAAAGUGGAGGAGAGCUUCAAUCUGCAGGCGAUUCAUGACUUGCUUUACCAUCGGCUGAACGUGUCCCAAUAUGAUCAUCUCGAAUUUCCCGGGGUGGUCCCCAGGUCCUUCCUGGGACCGCUGUUUGUCACCUUUCUGGUGACGCCGGUCGCCACAGCGCUCGAUUUCUUCGAAGUCAACAAAUUCUGGAUGCAAUAUGUCGUUCGCUUCGCUCUGGCAGCGACGGUGGUCUUCGCGUGGAACAAGCUUCGCAUCACAAUCCACAAGCGACUCGGCGUUUCCGUCUCGUUGUGGUACAUUCUCAUCACAAUCACGCAGUUUCACUUUAUGUUCUACAUGAGCCGUCCACUGCCAAACAUCAUGGCCCUACCGCUGGUUCUACUGGCGGUGAACUACUGGUUGACACGAAAUGUCAAACUAUUCAUUGUCUGCUCCGGAGCCGCCAUCAUCAUUUUCCGAGCGGAGUUGGCCAUGCUGCUGGGAUUGUAUCUACUCUAUGACUUGUACUACAAACGAGUGCACUUGGAUGUUGUGCUGAAAACUGUAAUCAUAGCAGGCGUUCUACUCAUCGUUUUGACGGUGACGGUGGACACGUUCUUCUGGCGCCGCCUACUGUGGCCCGAAGCGGAAGUUUUCUGGUUCAACACCAUCCUCAAUAAAAGCUCCGAAUGGGGUACCUCACCGUUUCUGUGGUACAUCUAUUCGGCGCUACCACGUGCCAUGGGGCUAUCGUUGCUGUUUGUCCCUUUCGGACUGGUCCUGGAGACCCGGAUCCGAUCGUUAGUCAUUCCCGCGGUGGUGUUUGUACUGCUGUUCUCGAUGCUGCCACACAAGGAGCUACGCUUCAUCAUCUACGUGUUUCCGCUGCUGAACGUGGCCGCUGCUUGCGCUUGCAAUAGGAUAUGGAUUAAUCGAAAAAAGACAAUCUUCAACAAGUUCCUGUCGUUUGUGGCCAUCGGACAUCUGUUUGGCAAUGCGUUCCUGACGAUGUUUUUGCUUUUAGUUGCCGGGACCAAUUAUCCCGGAGGAGUCGCUAUAUCUAGGUUCCAUCGGCUGGCAGCCGGAGAAACAAGCGUCACUGUCCACAUAGACAAUCUGGCGGCGCAAAGUGGCGUUUCCAGGUUCUCCCAGAUCAACCCGGAUUGGAUUUACAGCAAAGAGGAGAACCUGCUACCGGGAGAGCAGCGGCUGCACCGGUUCGACUACCUUCUGACGGAAGCACGGGACAAAUACUCGGACGAAAUGCGGCUCCUGGGCCAAACGCACGAGAUCCUCGAGUUUGUCGAGUGCUUCAACAGUAUCGGGCUGCAGUAUCGGUCGCUGCUACCGGUCAAAAUCAAAACGAAACCGUGCAUUUUCAUCAUGAAGCGUCGGGCGGGGGUGGACCCCCGCCGCAUCCGGUUGAACUUCGAUGACAUUCUGGAGACGAGCAAUCUCGGCGGGAGCGGAUCGUUGAGCGAUCCGGAGUUCCCACCGUUCGAAGUCGAUGGAAGAGAGGAAGAAGGAGAAGAUGAGGAACCUGAAAAAGACGAGGAACCAGAAGAAGAUGAGGAAACGGCAGCAGAGGAAGAAUUGGAAGAGCCAGACGAGGGAGAGGAGGAACAAGAACCUCAACAGUAUACGAAACUGAAACGAAAUGGCCGCGUCACGGCGCAAGAAGACGAAGAAGUUGCAACGAAAGAAGAACUUGAGGAGCUGGAUGAAGUUGAGGAAAAAGAAGAACCUCGACGUUAUUCAAAAUCGAAUGGAAAUCGUCGAGGCAAGGAACGCGGAGGAGAGGAAACAGCUGCAGAAGAAGCAGAACUGGAAGAUCUGAACCCAGAAGAUGAAAAAGAAGUACCGCAGCGAUAUCCAAAGUCAAACAGAAAUCGCCGCAACAAGGAAUCAACCCUUAAACCUUUGCAACCGGUGAGGAAAUCCACCUCCAAAAGCAGGAUGAAAAUCAAGGAGAUUCUCGAGGAAAACGCUCACCUCCUGAAGGAUGACGACGUGGGCGAAACGCGUGAACAGAAACGAGCCAAGAUGGCUUCCUAUCUGGCGAAGGCGUCCUCAUCGACGCAGAUCAAACCAUCGCAGAAGACGCUGCGGGAGGAAAAACUGAAACAGAUGGCUAGUGAGCUGAGCAAAUUGGACUUCAGCGGGCUGUGCAACCUGGAUCGAAUGUCGACGCGGGAGUGUUUGCGGCAAAUCAUCGACGAACAGUACGGCGAUGGCGAUGAGGAUGAAGGAGAGGGUGACGAAUGAGAGGCGUAAGUAGGAAAAUGGCUAGAUCCACCGAAUGUAGCUUUAAAGACAACGACAUGAGAGACUAUUAGACAAGGUGAUACCAAUAUGACGAUUUUAAAACAAAACUCUUGGUAGAAAACUAA